CAGCCACGUCCCGCCUAUCACGGCGCAUAGCACCCUGCUCUGCACCCUUCACUGGCGCCAUCUUUUAGACGUCGUAAGUCCCGUCUCUCCACCUUGUGUGCCUCCGUUCCCACUCCUCCGCGCUUCGAAGCGCCCGCCCUUCCGCCAGCCAAUCCGCGUCGUGCCCGACCAAGCGCUCGUCCAGACAAAAACCGCCCCUCCUCCAUCCCGUCCCCGUCUGCAUCUCUCCUUGUCGUUCUGUGCGUCGUCUUCACUCUCUGCUUUCCAUAGCUCGCGCAAAGUCAAGCCGGUCUCGACUAAGCCGCUUGCGUCUCCUUGUGUCGUUGCUUUCGCGUCAUCUUCCACUCUCUUCUGUUACGCAUGAGCUCCUCACGUCAUCUGCUCUGCGCCAUUUGAAAGACAUGUCAACCAACGAGCAAAAGACUCCCGCAGUGUCCAUCACGGUCCGCCGCCCCUCGGUCGACUCUGUUGCGCCGUCCCUCAAGACUCCUCGAACCGCCCGCUUCGCCGAGGCCACGGCCGUAUAUUCGCCCAUUGAACCCAACAAGGCCCCCUUUACCGAACUGUCUACGAAUCACUACGCCCCGCAGCCUCAGCCUGCCGACGUCGGCUUUGGAUAUCUCAGCAACCGCGCCUCUGGCCACGAAUCGUACGCAGGCGUCGAGAUGGAGGACACCGACAGGAAUUACCUGCCCCCGCCGACCCCGAGGUCCCCUAUGAAGUCGCCCCUCAAGAGCGCCAUGAAGUCGCCCGGAGCGCCUCCGCGUGACUUUGGCAAUGUUCUGAGCCCUACCUUCCGUGAGGAGCAGGUUCUUGAGAAGGUCGAGGAAGACACGGACGUAGAGCAGGCCAAGGAUUUGAAAGUCAAGACUCGCGUACGCAUAGCCAAGUUUAUCCUGAGGGGUGUCAACUUCAGCUGCAGUCUUAUCGUCCUUUCCAUGCUGGCUUCGACCUUUGCUAUCUUUAAUGCUACCAAGAGCCUUCCGCCCCGCAACAACCUCCCUCCUUGGGCCGAGAACACCAAAUCCUGGCCUCAGAUCACCCUGCUCGUCAUCGCAUGCAUAUCGCUGUUCAUGUCCAUCGUUAUCCUUCUCGCCUACUUUAGAGGUGGCCAUCAACGUGCAGAAAGGGUGGCCGUCUACUACACCGUCUUCGCCGUCGCCUUCUUCAUCUUCAGCAUCGUCAUGUGGGGUGUCGGCGCGGGUAUUUUGAACCAAGCCAAGACGAGCAGUGGUAACAAGGAUAUCUGGGGCUGGGCAUGCAAAGAUAACGAGCGACGCACCCUGUUUGAGGAUGACGUCGACUACGCCCUGGUCUGCAGGCUUCAGGACUGGUCCCUCGUCUGCUGCAUCAUCGAAGUCGUCGUCGAGACCCUCACCAUCAUCAUCUACGGCAUCGUCUUCUACCGCUUCUACAGCAAGCGUCAACUCCGCAAAUCCAUGGCGAUCCGCGACCGUGCGCGCUCCGAUCUCUACCUCGCCCAGCUACGCUCUCAAUCCGCGCCGAACACGCCCGGUUUCGGACCACCACCCCUCACCCCCGGCGAUGGAUGGAAGCCUCCACCAGGCCACCCCCGCUACGUCGACCCGUACGCAGGCGCCGCCGCGGCCGAAGCUGGCGAGAUGGGCAUGAGCGUUGGUGGCCCCGCAGUGCAAGAGUCCACUGUCCAGUACCCCAAGGGCUACGCCCAGCCUAAGCCCUUCACGUUGCAGGCGCCGCCUAUCCGCGUGCAGCAGGCAACGCCGAAGACGGCCCAGGUUGGCUUCGAUGGUGCACCUGCUUCGCCGGACACGCCGAGGCAAUCGGUCUCUCCGCCGUUGGCUGAGCAGCACCAAUACCAGCCGCACUCGGAUGUCAGCCCUCCGGAGAGCAGGACGCCGAGCCCGCCGCUCCAGUCACCAAGCUUUGCGCCGCAACAACAGCAGCAGGCGGAGCGCAUUAACGAGCACGUGGGUGCCGCACCGGGCGAGCAAGUGUACGAGUCGGUACCGAUUCCGGGCGCCUACACGAGUCCGUCUAGCCCGAGUGGCCAGCAUCAGCACCAGCAGAUGGGCGGCUUUGACUUUGGUACGGGACGGUGAUUGAAGAAUGAGGAGGGGUAAUGUACAUGUGGCCGACGCUUUUUCUGUUCUCUCCUUUCUUUUACAUUCUUGAUUGGCUUCACAGCUUCUUCUUUACUUUUUCUUUGCGUUUAGGAUGGAUAUCACUGGAUUGAUACCUUGGGAUUUGCUUUGGAUAUGCUUGGAAGAUAGUAUCGAUCUAUUCGUCGAUAUAUGCACGUGGGAGUUGUGGGAUGGGAUAGGAUGGUGAUGGGCUUUGAUUGAAUGAAGGGAUGGGCUGUAUGUUGUUGAUGAGAUUGACGAGAUUGUGUCAUUGGGGC